AUGGAUUCAAAAAUAAUAAUUGUUGCAUUAAUUGUUUGCAGUAUUUUUUCAUUUAUAGCAAAAGCACAAGAUCAAUGGGCAUAUUCAAUUUGGAAUAAUGGAACAACAGCAUAUAUGGGAAAUAUAGAUUUGGAUGCUGCAUAUUAUAUUGCAGGUGUUGAAAUUGAUAAUUUCCAAUUCAUUUCAAGUCAAACUUCAACAUAUAAUUCAAAAACAAAUGAAAUUAGUGCAUUGGGUCAAUCAACUACUUCAAAUGAUUACUUUUAUUUAUAUGUUUAUACAGGUGAGGGUUGGUUACCAACACCAGCAGUAAUGAACUUUCCAAAAGAAAAUUAUUUAAUUUCUAGUAUAACAUCAGAUCAAACUGCUAGUCAAUUCAAUUAUUUUUCAACAAUGGUAAUUUCAGGACUUUCAAAUCAAAAUCCAGUUGGAACCUUUUCAGUCACAAAAUUAGCACCAACUUCAAAUAAUUAUAAAGUUAUUGAUGUAAUUAAUGGUCAAUUUUCAUCAAGUGCAUUUAAUUGGGCAACUCAAAUCUAUAGUGUAGUCUUUUCAAAUACAACUGGUCUAUUUGUAAAUAGCUAUACUCAAGGUGGUCAAUUACAAUCUUCAAAUAAAUGUACUAUUUCAAGUAUUCCAACCAAUUAUAAUAUUGCAAGUUCACCAUACAACUCUGUUUAUAUUCCAAUUACCAAUCUUGUAUACAGUUUUGUUGAUUUAGUUAACAAUUAUUCCCCAACUCCAAUUACUGAUUUAUUUAAACUUUAUCCAGCUACUACUACAUUCUAUGAUAUGGGUUAUUUUUCAAAUAGUGCUUCCAGAUCAGUUUCUACAAAAAUUUAUACAAUCGCUGGUCAUACAACUCAACAAAUUUUAUACUAUGUCUCUGCAACUUCAAAUUCACAACAAUAUCCAACUGGAAUCGUACUUAAUAAAUUAAGACUUUCCUCUACUGGUAAUAUGUUAUCAUCAGCUUUAUUUGAACACCCUCCAAUUAAUAUGUGGACAUAUUAA